UUUUCUCACAAAUUGUAACAUAUCACACCCUGGAAUAACCUGGUAAUUAUGCUGUUGACCCUUGAUACUUGUUUAUAUUUGGCAGCAAUUCUUUGUGCAACUUGACCCUUCUUCUUCUCCCUCCUUUGAUAUGCCGUGCUCUUUGUGCUGUUUCUCCCUCAUAUUGUACAAUCUGGUCCACUGGUUGGAUAGCUGACUACUGGCGGUGUGUGUGCCCGUGCCUUACGCAGAAAACAAAAAAGAUCGUGUUCAAUCAUCAGAGACUGCUAUGACAGCGAGCUCCAGUGUUCCAGUACGUAAUAGCAGAAACACCCGUCUUGUGAAAUAUCCGCACUUUCGUUUUUUAAGGCUGCGUUUAAAGUUGCUUUGCAUACAGUUUAGUUGUGCCGCUAUGAUGGGUUAUAAAUAUACACCGCUCUCCAACAUGCAUUUCCCGAGAUUUCAUCCAACCCUUUUCUCUCCCUUUCUUUCUUUCCUUCUCUCUCUCUUUUUCCUCUCUCUCUCUCGCCUUCUUUUGCCAGCCUUUGUUCUAUGCGUUGUUUUGGGCAUACAAUUGAUUGAAAAGCCAUUUACUAGUGUUUGAGAUUUGUAAAGCCGAGAAAAGCAAUCAGUUAUUAUGGGUCGCAAGAAGAUCAAGAUUCAGACGAUCCAAGAUGAACGCAAUCGUCAGGUACAUAGUUUUCGAAACUUUUCACGGAAAUUUGAUCGUUGCCUACUACAUACAGUUAUUAAUAGCAGUUGUCAAUCUUAUUUAAAUAAACUAUCUCUGAUAUGACAAUAUUAGGUGACAUUUUUGAAACGAAA